AUGGAUGAUUCAUUCUUCAGAAGUCACUGGAAUUCUCCAUUUUACCCGACGCAAAGAAGACCUAGCGCGUGGGGGAUUCCUGUUCACGAUGUUAGAACGGCGGCGUCUCCUAGAGUGGUGGCCGUUCAUCCGAAACAGGGGAUUCAAUCGGCGGAGCCGUCGAAAGUCGUGAAGAUUCCGGUUCAGUUUGUGGACACCGAUCGAAGGAGGUCCGAGUCGGAAUCGGCGGUGAGGAUUCAGAAGGUAUUUCGCGGGUUCAUGGUGAGGAAGAGUGUGAAGAAGAUAGCGGAUGUGAGGAGGGAAGUGGAUGAAAUAGAGAGCAGGAUAUCGAGGACAGAGGUUAUUGAUUUGAUGCGGAGAGAUUCGAGAGAACGUUUGGGAGUAAGUGAGAUGUUGAUGAGUUUGUUGUUCAGAUUGGAUUCAGUGAGGGGAUUGGAUCCUGGUGUAAGGAAUUGUAGGAAGACGGCGAUCCGGAAAGUGAUUGCGUUGCAGGAGGCUUUGGACGCCAUUGUUGCGGCCGACGGAAGCUCAGCAGCGGAAACAACCGGGGAAGAAGCGAUAGAGAUCACAGAGGCGGUGGAAGUUCCGGUGGAUGAAAGAAAACCCGCGGAUUCAUGUCCCGUGACGCAAAUUGAACUUCAAAAUCCCGAUCUCGUCGGCGGUGAGUCUGGAUCUGCAGAAGUAGUAACAGAAACAGAUGACAUCGAAGUUCCUAAAAUUCAAACCGAAUCUGCACCAGAUAAAUCUCCAGAAAUCACUCAUGAAAACGAACGAAGCGAAGCCAAGGGAGAGGGACCAGAGGAGAUCGAGCGAACAGAGAGCCAAACAGAUUCGUCUGCAAAUCCAGAGAUCCCCGAGGAAAAGAACGAGGAGAACCAACGAAGAGCGAGAACGAGAAGAUUCUGGAGAGGAUGA